UUUUAAAAAUAUUAUUUAGUCUCUCUCACUCACUCAUUGCCUCGAAUCACCCUCCACUCAGUCAAUAUAUUAAAUUUUUUGUUGGCACAGCAGUCACGUAUACAUAUUAUAUUGAUUUAAUGGAUUGUAAAAUUACAAAAAACAAAAAAUAGGUAUACAAUUUAGGUAUUUCUGUAUUUUACAGAAAUCCCCCCCCCCCCCCCUCCGUUCAUUUACAUUUAAUUGGUUCAGACUCGGUUGUCUCCAACGUUUUUACUUAUUUUGUUUUAUUUCAUUUUUCAGUUUUUACAUUAUUAUUUUUUAGAUAUAUUUUUCAGAAUAAUUUUAUAAAAAAAAUGUCAAUUUUGGAUAAAAUAAAGGAUAUUGAGGAUGAGAUGGCUAGAACUCAAAGAAACAAGGCUACAAUGGGCCAUCUUGGCUUGUUAAAAGCUCGGCUUGCUAAAUUACGGAGGGAAUUAAUUAGUCCGAAAGGUGGUGGCGGAGGUGGUGCUGGUGAAGGAUUUGAUGUUGCCAAGACAGGCGAUUCGCGAAUUGGUUUUGUUGGUUGGUUAAUUUUUUUAAAAUUUAGAAAUUUUGGCAGUAUACGGAAUGAAUGCUUUUUCGUUUUAUCCUAA